UCUCCCUGCAGCGCCGCAUUUUGCAGGAGAGCGAAGCGCGCGAGCGCCGCCCGCAGGCGUGCCGCAGCAGCUCACGAGAGAGCAGCAGGAGUGCCGCAAAAGGGAGAGGCUGCCCGCACCGGUCAAGGCGCGGCAAGCAGACAGCACCAAGGCAGUAUGGCCUCCGCCGCGGCCAUUCUAGCGGAUGCGCGAAAAGAGGAACUGGAGUUCGUGCGGCCCUUCCAUCCAGUACUCAGAAGACCCGAGGCCGCUUUCAGUAAACAAUACCGGCAGCUCGACGACCUCCAGGUCGACGUGAGCUAUACAGGCUUCAAAAAAGACGACCGGGACUUCCUGUACAAGCUGUUCGCUAUUUUGGGGGAUGAAACUAGAAAAGAUUACAUCAGCUGGUGUCCUGAGGGGCGGUUGUUGAUCGUGAAGAAGUGGCGGGUACUUGUGAGUGAUGGCCACUUGACGGCCCAUGACAUCGACGACACGCAGUUCAUGGCCCAUCUGCGGGUCUAUAAUUUUAGGCAGCUGGACAAGAACCAGCAGCGGCGGUUUUUGCCGAAUGGCGAUAGUAAGUGGCUAUUGUUCCUGAACCCAGUGGUCAACUUGGACCAGGGCGAUGGAGUACUGAAGAAAUACAUAAGGUACUGCCAGGUCCAUCGGUUGAAGGCCUUGGUCGAGAAGCAGUCGCCCGAGGCAGGGUUCAUCCAGGCGUGUCGCCAGGUGCUGUUGCAGACGGCUCCUAAAUCCGUAGCGUCACUGUCGAACGAGGAGAUAGCCGAUGUCCUAUCGGAUGGCGAAUUGCGGAUCUAUGAUAAGAAUCGAUGUGUGUUCAGAGAAGGCGAUCCCCCGGACGGCUAUUAUAUAUGUCUGUUCGGUGUAGUAUCAGUACACAAGUUCGCGGGGGAUGAUGAUAGGAGCAAGUUCGGCCGGAAGUUAGUGGAACUAAGGGACGGUGCGGGCUUCGGCGAAGUGGCCUUUUCUGAGUCCUGUCCCAAUAGAAACGCUUCUGUGGUCGCGGUCGGUGACGAAGACCUGGCCACCGUCGCGGAGACGUCCGCACCAGGCUUAUCCCAAACGAUCUGUUUCGUGGCAUCACCUAGAGCUUUUGCUUCUGUCUAUGCGGAACGGAACAAGUUAUUUGACACGAAGAUCGCUCUGCUGAGACGGUCGCCUUUGUACCGCCACUGGCGCGUCGAAGAUCUAUACAAAUUAGCUUCGGUCAUGAAACGGCGCAUCGUGCAGCGCGGCGACGUCGCGAAGCGCGCGACGUCGGAGGAGGUCGUGUUUGUGCAAAAGGGUGCAUUAAAAAUAUUCCGUACUAGAGAAAGUGGUGCGGGCGAAAUAGAAGUUGCGCUGUUGGGACCGGACGACGCCUUUGGGCUCGUGGAGAUGCUCGGUCAAAGUGGUACUGCUCGACGGGCCGUCGCGGCGCAGACCACUGAAUUGUUUGCGGCUCCCGUGUAUAUCUGUCGGGAUUUGUCGCUGGCGAACGCCAAGACGAAGCGGGAGUUGGAUAAGAUCGUCGCGGCGCGUGUCCGGUGGGAAGGGGUGUGCGAGGAGGCCUACCGGCAGGAAAAGGUAUCCAUAACGCCUGGCAUGAUGGCCUACGCCGAGUACCAAGUGAACGAGCACGGUGUUACCUUAGUGCAGAACAGCAACAAGGAGAAGCGUCGCAACGCCAUGUACGAGGUCCAAAGCGAUUUACAAUCUAUCGUGUUAAGUACGCAGUCGUUAAUCGAGGAGUCCGAGGAGCUUAUGGAAACUGAUUUAGACAGAGCAGAAGCAUCAUGUAGGAAUGCCCACGACUUGUGCAAGGAGACGCUCAAGAAGGUCGAAGUGUUAUCGAGGAGGAAGAGAGUAACAGAUGUGCAGCGCGCGACGUUCAGGCAGGAGCUCCAGGACUCUCUACUUACAUCGGAAGAACGCUUGAACAAGAUCGAGGAGGUCCGGGCUCGACAGAUCAUGGCCGCGAAUCGGGAAAAAACAGGAACGUUCCUGACUGACGUCGACGAGCACACCGUCGUGACGUGUACUUCCACAGCAACGCCCUGCCCGACGCUGGACUCGAAUAUCACUCGCAAGUUGAGAAAGGGUAUUGGGAGGAAGGGCGUCGAGGCCUUCGCCGCUUUGAAUGAGGCGCUCAUGAAUUCUGAUACAUCUACAAUUAAAGUAGAGCCGUCGAUGCUGACGGAUGAUGAGUCUGAUGGUGAAGAGUCAAGCAGUGAAGAGGAGGAGGUGGAGACGACGACGACUGUUCGGAGAAGGAGAGAAUUGGGUGAAUGUUUAGUACAUAGUAGAUCAUUACAUGAACACCCUACCGCGAGCGACUAUCAAAGCAAACUAGACGAGGACCUCGAGCUGCGGAUGGGCCCCUACGGCCUGCCGCCGAACGGCCUGAAGCGGACGGGCAUUCCACGCAAGAAGAAGCGGACGUUCUUCAUCCCGGGCCAGAAGGGGAAACAGCCGACUUUUGGGAGAGAAGAGACGCCGAUCUAUGCCAAAAGACCAAAGGCGAAGAAGAAACCGGCAGUUGUUCCGGAGAACCCGUUUAAGAGGCCGCCGAAAGUUGUUGCAGAGGAGUUACCGUUGAUAAGACCGGCCCGGAAGGAGGUCGCGCAGCUGCUGGCGGGCCACACCGAGCACGAGAAGAAGGCUCAGGCGGUGCUCGCUCGACGGCAAAAGUUAUACGAGGACGCCAUUUCAGUCACUAGUAGUAAUUGUUAAUAA